AGCGACAUGGGAGUUUCUACGGCGGCGGAAAAAUCUCCCGCCAUGCGCAGCCUCUCCUUUAUCCUCUCGCCCCUUCCUCUCUCUCUCCCGAUCUCCGGCAUCAAGACCGGCCACCUCCCCCUCCGCUUCCUUCCCUCCCUAGGGUUUUUGCGCACCAAGCCACUCCUUCGCGCUCGCUACAAAGCCCCAACCCCUCUACUUCCCGAUGACUCCCAGCUCUCCGACGCCGACGAGGAGGCGGAGGAGGACGACGACGACGAGGACGAGGACGGCGAAGAGUUCGCCGCCGACGAGUACGACGACGUCUCCGGCGACGCCUACGACGGAACCGAGCAGAGCGAGGAUGAGAUUGAGGCCGCGGCGAGCGUGCGCGCCUCGUUUAGCGAGUCCAAGUCGCGGAGAGUGGAGAAGCUCUGCGGCGAAGUCAGGGAGUUCGGCGCUCAGCUCAUCGACUUCGACGAGCUCGCUUCGGUCUAUGACUUUCGCAUCGACAAAUUCCAGCGAUUGGCGAUCGAGGCGUUUCUGAGAGGGUCUUCUGUCGUGGUUUCGGCGCCUACUAGCAGCGGAAAGACAUUGAUUGCGGAAGCUGCGGCAGUGGCCACAGUAGCCAGAGGGAGGCGAUUGUUCUACACGACUCCUCUCAAGGCACUGUCUAACCAGAAAUUUCGCGAGUUUCGUGAAACAUUUGGAGACAAUUAUGUUGGCCUUCUAACAGGAGAUAGUGCAGUGAACAAGGAUGCUCAAGUGGUAAUCAUGACUACAGAGAUACUGCGGAAUAUGCUGUAUCAGAGUGUUGGAAAGGCCUCUUCAGGGAGUGGACUUUUUCAGGUGGAUGCUAUUGUCUUGGACGAAGUUCACUAUUUAAGUGAUAUAUCUAGGGGGACAGUCUGGGAAGAAAUAGUUAUUUAUUCCCCAAAAGAAGUUCAACUUAUAUGUCUGUCAGCAACAGUUGCAAAUGCAGAUGAGCUUGCUGGCUGGAUUGGCCAGAUCCAUGGUAAAACAGAGUUGGUUACCUCAUCAAGACGUCCAGUCCCACUGACUUGGCACUUCUCCACAAGGACUUCCUUGUUACCCCUUCUUGAUGAAAAAGGAAAGCGGAUGAACCAGAAACUAUCACUUAAUUAUCUGCAACUUCAUGCCACGGAGCGUAACUCAUAUAAGGAUGAUAGUAUCAAAAGAAGGAAAUCAAGAAGACGCGGGGGUGAUAUUAACAUCAACAAUGUUGAUGGUAUCACCAUGGAAGCUCCUCUUUCAAAGAACAACAUGAAUGCAAUUCGCCGUUCACAAGUUCCUCAGGUGAUUGACACUCUGCAUCAAAUCGAAGCAAGGGAUAUGCUUCCAGCCAUUUGGUUCAUAUUCAGCCGGAGAGGCUGUGAUGCAGCUGUUCAGUACCUUGAAGGAUGCAACCUCCUGGAUAGCUGCGAGAUGAGUGAAGUUGAACUAGCUUUGAAGCGGUUUGGUAUUCAGUAUCCUGAUGCCGUCAGGGAAUCAGCUGUGAAAGGACUUAGGCGCGGUGUUGCUGCACAUCAUGCAGGGUGUUUGCCUUUAUGGAAGUCAUUUAUUGAACAACUUUUUGGACGAGGACUUGUCAAGGUUGUCUUUGCUACAGAAACACUGGCUGCAGGAAUCAACAUGCCUGCUAGGACAGCAGUAAUUGCAGCUCUCAGCAAGAGAAGUAGCAGUGGACGUAUUCAAUUAACCUCGAAUGAACUGCUUCAAAUGGCCGGUCGUUCUGGUCGCAGAGGCAUUGACAAAAGGGGUAAUGUUGUCCUUGUCCAAACUGCUUAUGAGGGUGCUGAAGAGUGCUGCAAGCUGCUUUUUUCUGGGGUAGAGCCUCUGGUGUCACAGUUUACUGCUUCAUAUGGAAUGGUGCUGAACCUUUUGGCUGGUGCCAAACUUACAAGUCACUCAAGUGAGUCGGGUGAAGUGAAAAUUUCUCGAGCAGGACGAACACUGGAAGAAGCUAGGAAGUUAGUGGAGCGAAGUUUUGGCAACUAUGUGGGCAGCAAUGUUAUGCUUGCUGCCAAGGAGGAGCUCUCAAAAAUAGACAAGGAGAUUGAGAUUUUAACGUCUGAGAUUACUGAUGAUGCUAUAGACCGAAAAGCAAGAAGUACUUUGUCAAAUGCAGCCUAUAAGGAGAUCGCUGAUCUACAGGAAGAACUAAGGACUGAGAAACGCCUUCGGACUGAACUACGCAAAAAAAUGGAAUUGAAAAGAAUAUCUGCUGUGAAACCUCUACUUGAGGAGUUGGAGAAUGGACAGUUGCCCUUUAUAUGUUUGCAAUAUAAGGAUUCUGAAGGAGUUUUACACUCUAUUCCGGCUGUUUACUUGGGGAAGGUUGACUCUCUCAAUGGGUCAAAAGUCAAGGACAGAAUUCUUGGUGACGAUUCUUUUGCAAUAAGUGGAGUGGGAGCAGAGGGAUUUGAACCAUCUUAUCACGCAGCCCUUGGUUCAGAUAACUCAUGGUACUUAUUUACAGAACAGUGGAUUAGAACAGUCUAUCGGACUGGUCUUCCUAAUGUGGCCUUAACUGAGGGAGAUGCUUUGCCUCGGGAACUUAUGGUGACACUUCUAGAUAAGGAUGAUAUGCAGUGGGAUAAGCUUAGUGACAGUGGAUUUGGGGGUUUAUGGUACAGAGAAGGGUCACUGGAAACGUGGUCUUGGAGUUUAAAUGUGCCUGUCUUGAACAGUCUUUCAGACAAAGACGAGGCAUUAUACAUGUCUCAAGAAUUCCAUGAUGCUGUAGAAUGCUACAAAGCACAAAGGACUAAAGUCGCACGGUUGAAGAAAAAGAUAGCUCGUACAGAAGGCUUUAGAGAAUAUAAGAAGAUCAUAGACAUGACCAAGUUCACCGAGGAAAAAAUAAAGCGCUUGAAGACUAGAUCGAAGCGCCUAAUUAAUCGUAUAGAGCAAAUUGAACCGUCUGGAUGGAAGGAGUUUUUGAAGGUGAGCCAUGUUAUUCAUGAAUCUAGAGCACUUGAUGUCAACACGAACAUUAUAUUCCCUCUUGGGGAAACUGCUGCUGCGGUAAGGGGAGAAAAUGAGCUCUGGCUUGCGAUGGUUCUGAGAAGUAAAAUUUUACUGGGCUUGAAACCAGCCCAGCUUGCUGCUGUCUGCGCCGGUUUAGUUUCAGAAGGGAUCAAAGUCCGACCUUGGAAAAACAACACCUAUAUAUUUGAACCAUCCACGACGGUGACUGAUGUCAUUGAUCUCUUGGAUGAUCAAAGAAAUUCUAUUUUGAAUCUGCAAGAGAAACAUGGAGUGCAGAUACCUUGCUGUUUGGACAGUCAAUUCUCAGGCAUGGUCGAAGCAUGGGCAUCUGGAUUGACAUGGAAGGAGAUCAUGAUGGAUUGUGCGAUGGACGAGGGGGAUUUGGCUCGUCUCCUAAGGCGGACGAUCGAUCUACUUGCUCAGAUUCCUAAGCUGCCCGAUAUUGAUCCACAGUUGCAAAAGAACGCGCUUGCCGCAUCCAGCGUAAUGGAUCGUCCACCCAUAAGUGAGUUGGCAGGUUAAAUUGGUGCUCGCCAUUCGACAUUUGUAAAAGUCCUUCCUAAUUGUUUAUCACAGAAAAAGAAAGGUUUCUGUUGCGAUUUAUUCACUGACAAGGCUGCAUCAAUUGCAUGGAAUAAUCCAAGCAAGUAUUUCCUGUCAAAAUCUUGCAUCUUCAUCGAAGGAGAUGAUGCGAAGACUUCCUGUGAA